AUGGGUAUCAAACACUAUUCUGAUGGCUCCAUUGAGAGAUAUAAAGCCACAUUGGUUGUAAAAAGCUUCACUCAGCGUGAAGGGUUUGAUUAUGUUGACACUUUCUCUUCAGUGGCCAAACAUGUUUUUAUCCGCACUUUCGUAACAGUGGCUUCUGUUUGUGACUGGACCUUACAUCAAAUGGACAUUCACAAUGCUUUUCUCCAUGGUGAUCUCCACGAAGAAAUUUACAUGAAUCUUCCUCCGGGACUUCAACGACAAGGGGGGAUACAGUAUGCCGUCUUUGAAAGUUCUUAUAUGACGAAGAGAUCUCCAACAGUGACAUCUCUUAGCCAACGGAAAUACGUUCUGGAACUUGUGUCUGAUUCUGGUUUAUCGGCAUGUAAACCAAGUAUUAUUCCUGUUGAGCAAAACUCCAAACUCAUUACCCAAGAGUAUGACAGAGCAAUAUCAUCCUCAGAAAUGGAUCCACCAUUAGAAGAUGCAUCACAUUAUCAGAGACUUGUGGGACGUCUCAUCUAUCUCACUAUGACACAACCAAACAUCAGUUAUGCAAUCCAUAUCCUCAGUCAAUUCAUGCAUGGGUCCAAACAAUCUCAUAUGGAUGUAGCAGUGAAGGUAAUAAAGUAUCUAAAGGGAUGUCCUGGAUUAGGACUUCUCUUAUCUCGAAAUGCAAACCUUGAUGUCACAGCCUGUUGUGACUCAAAUUGGGGCACAUGUCCAAUGACGAGAAGAUCACUUACUGGCUUUUGUGUAAAACUUGGAGAAACAUUGAUUUCCUAG